GUUUCCCCUUCCGACGGCCGUUGGGUGUCUCGAGCUCGCGGCUGCCAAUCGCGUGCUGACUGUCAGCAAGUUACCGCAAUAACUCGCCGCAUUGAUCAAGUCUGAUUUGGCAACAAUCUAAAAACGGGAAAAACUCAUUUUCGUGACGCAUCUCAGUCCUGCUCGGUGCAUGCGAACCUGUUUCUGGUUUCGGGAACUGCAGAAACUGGAUGUCGUGUUCGCGUCGUUCAUUUAAUCCGAUUGUGCGCUACUUUAACACGGAAUGUGUGCAACCAGAUCGGUGCCUUUCGACACAACUAUACUUCGACAACUAAGUUCGACUUAAACUGCCUCGGUCGCAUUUUUGCUCUCUUCGAAUGCACAUUUUCUUUUGGCAUCAAGACCGUAUGGUUGUGUAAUCGUUGACCCAGCUGAAUGAUGCGAGUUUCCCAAUUAACUGGAAUUUAGUUAUAUUCAUAUUUGUCCGGGAACAACGUGACCUAGACCUAGUGUUUCUAAAUGGACGCGAACCACGCUGCUGUUUUGGCUCCGGUCGGCUGGCUCCACGACUUGACAAGGUAAACAGCCCCAGACACUGCGGUGUGACAUCGCCGUCAUUCAUGUGGAUGCCAUAUGCCAGUGUUCGCCAGGGCAUGUACAGCAGUGUAGCCCAGUAAAAGUACCCUGUGCAGCUGUCUGAGAGCAAGACGGUUUCAGCUGCAGUCGCCAAGGGACAUCCGGGCCAAACAGAAAGCAAUGGGGCGGAUCUUCUUGGACCACAUCGGCGGAACACGCCUCUUCUCCUGUGCCAACUGCGACAUGAUCCUGACCAACCGAUCUGAGCUCAUCUCCACACGCUUCACUGGAGCCACGGGCCGCGCCUUCCUCUUUAACAAGGUGGUGAACCUGCAGUACAGCGAGGUGCAGGACCGUGUCAUGCUGACAGGCCGGCACAUGGUGCGUGACGUCAGUUGCAAGAAUUGCAACAGCAAGCUGGGCUGGAUCUAUGAGUUUGCCACAGAGGACAGCCAGCGCUACAAGGAAGGCCGUGUCAUUCUGGAGAGGGCGCUGGUCCGGGAGAGCGAGGGCUUCGAGGAGCACGUCCCUUCUGACAAUUCCUGAGUUUGACCCCCCUACCCCCUACCCACCGUCAUCACCGAAGCAACCCUCACACUCUCAGAAAUCACUGCCACUUAGCUCAGUUGCCCCAGCCUCACUGCAGUAUCCUGCUGCCUCUCCCCUCCCCUCCCACCAUCUUCUGGCCAACCAGAGACUCAGACUGGCCCCAGCCUAGCCGCUCUCUUACAUGCAUACAAGCACCAGCACGCUGUACCUGCGUGUGUGUCCGGUACACCAUUACCAGACAGGCUCAUGGGCACUCAGGCCACCCCUGCGGAACUGGUUAUAUGCACAGCAUGCACAUGCACUCAAGGUCACAAGAUGCUCUUGGCAGAUAAGAGAACAUGACUUGCACAUCGAUCUGCACUGGUGCCCUGCUGUUUUUGUAUGACAUCGACACUGCGUUUACACUUACUCUGUUCUACAGCCUCUCGUAGACAGUAUGAUGAAGUGAGGCACGGGUGAUUCAGUUGGCUGUUUUGUCUUCAUUUUGGCCUUUGUUCCCCCCCCCGUAGUUAUUGCCCUCAGUGCUGUGGUGAUUAUGAACCAAUCUUAUUCUUACCACCUUUCGAUUCAAGGUCAUGUUGUGCAUUGUGAUGCUGUUUCGAUGCUGAAAGUGUAAGAUGUGUUUGAAAGGGCUUUGGUGACAAGGUCACAUUUACAAGGAUGUGUGAAAGAGCAGCUUUUCUGUUUACUCCUGGAAUUACAAGGCUGGACCCACAUGCAUAGCCUGCAUGAGGCUGCACGCUGGAGCACAUAGCACAUCGCAUGUGGCCCACUGUCUUUCAGAAAAAGAAAGGUUCUGUUUGUCAGAUAAUUCAGUUCAAAUUCCCUAGAAAUGUAAAAGUUUUGAAAAGAGAACGUUCUAACUUAGUCUUCACUUCACUGAGUGAACGGAUUAUCCCUUUAAAGCCAUUGUGUGCAGAAACUGGUACUGAAGUCCUUCCUGUUCCUCUUACUCCCGCUUAACCAGCAUUGGAAAGUUUGUCUUUUCCAUGAGGGUCUGUCUGAGAGAUGCAUUUCAGCAGCAUGGCACCGGUGCCCGCACAUGACUGGGACCAGCCUUCCCAGUAAGAUAACAGCUGUGGCACGCCUGUGGGUUUGGAGGGCAGGUCUUUGCCAUUAGUCUCCCGAUCACGUUUGGAUUGCGCACGGGGCCUCUAGCUCAUCCUCUGAAUGCAGUGUGCUCACUUCACACAGCCCAUCCUACUGCUGUGGACACAAGUAAUUCGUAUUACCUUAUUUUAAUAAUUGUGAUUAUUUUUCCUUGAAUAUAAAUCAAAUCUUUUUUUCUUUGCCAAGUUUUGUUCUGUAGUGAUUUUAUCAAUAAAUUGAAUAGUUAUGCCUAAAAAACA